CUUAUUUUUUUUUUUUUUUUCACUCUUUUUUUUCAGUUAAGGAAAUGGCUGAUCAACAUCUUUUGGAAGAAAGCAAAACAUUUGAAUCGUUUGAUUUUGAUCCUCGUUUAUCUCGAGCCAUUGCUCAACUUGAAUUUGUGCAUCCAACUUUAAUUCAAGCUAAAGCUAUUCCUUUGGCUAUGGCUGGAAAAGAUAUUCUUGCUCGUGCACGAACUGGAUCUGGAAAAACUGCUGCGUAUACUUUACCUAUUAUUCAAAAAAUAUUGUCCACAAAAGAAUCUACUAGUGAAGAAACGAUCAAAGCUUUGAUCUUGGUACCUACUCGAGAACUUGCAGAACAAGUAACUAGUCACAUUGAAAGACUUUUGGUAUACAUGAAUGAUUUGAUCAAGGUGGCAAAUCUUGCCGGUCAAGUUCCUCCUCAACUACAAAAACCUAUGUUGGCAGAAAAUCCAGAUAUUGUUGUCGCCACUCCCAGUAGAGCCUUGGUUCAUUUGCAAGCUCAAAAUAUGAUGAUUAAUGACACGCUACAAAAUUUAGUGAUCGAUGAAGCUGAUUUGAUUUUAUCUUUUGGCUACGAAGAUGAUUUACGAAAGAUUCUUCCAUUUUUACCCAAGAUAUACCAAAGCUUUCUCAUGUCUGCAACGUUUACAAAGGAUAUCGAUGAAUUGAAACAAUUGGUAUUACGAAAACCAGCGAUUCUCAAAUUGGAAGAAGAAAAAGAAACUUCAAGUCAACUUACUCAAUAUGUGAUCAAAUGCUCUGAAUUCGACAAAUUUUUGUUUACCUUUGUGAUGUUGAAAUUACGGUUACUUCGUGGCAAAGUGAUCUUCUUUGUUAAUGAUAUCGAUCGUUGUUAUCGUCUGAAACUUUUCCUAGAACAAUUCGCCAUUCAUUCAUGUGUACUCAACUCUGAAUUACCAUUAAACUCAAGAUAUCAUAUUGUUGAAGAAUUCAAUCGUGGAAAAUACAAUUAUUUGAUUGCUACUGACGAAUCUGAACUCAAAGGGGAAAUGGAUAGCGAAGAUGAAGAAGAAGAUGAUGACAACAGCAGCAAUAAUGAUGAUGAUGAUGAUGAUGAUGAUGAAAGUCAAGGUGAAGAACAAGGUUCUAUAAAGAAAUCCAAAAAGAAAUCUCAAGUCAAAAAGGAUAAAGAAUAUGGUGUAUCUCGUGGUGUGGAUUUCAAGGAUGUGGCAGCUGUAAUCAACUUUGACUUCCCAUAUUCAGCAAAGGCAUACACUCAUCGUAUUGGACGUACAGCAAGAGGUGGUAAACAAGGAAUGGCAUUCAGUUUUGUGGUACCUGUCGAUGAUAAACCAAACAACCUGGAUAUUGCAAGGAAAAUGAAUAGAGAUGAAAUCAUCUUUGAUAGAGUGGAAAAGCAACAACAAAAGGAAAAUAUGACUAUUAAACCAUAUUCAUUUGAAAGGAAAAGUGUAGAUGGAUUUAAAUAUCGAGUACAGGACGCUAUCAAGGUGAUCAACAAGGUGGCCAUCAAGGAAGCUCGUAUUAAGGAAAUCAAACGUGAAAUUUUGAAUUCUGAAAAACUCAAGACUCAUUUUGAAGAUAAACCAAAAGAUUUGGAAUUCUUACGUCAUGACAAAGCUUUACAACCUGCAUUGAUUCAACAUCACCUCAAGAAUGUACCUUCUUAUUUAAUGCCCAAAGUGAAUACACAACAACAAAUGAUGGAUGAUCCUACAACAGUUUAUGGCAAUGACGUUACUUUUCACGGCGAUAAGAAACGAAAAAAGAAAUUUGGAAAGGUAAUAAAAAAAAAAGUGAUGAAACCAAGACAAUAACAAAUGUUUUUUUUUCUAUUUUUAUAUACAGAAACGAAAGCAGGAGAAUCCAUUGAAAAAGGUCCGCCGUCGAUAGACUAAGAUAAACUUACAUACAC